AUGUCGCUCUAUGCCAAGUUCUUGAAGGAAUUGAUAACCAAAAAGAGAAGCUGGAAGAACAACGAGACUGUGGUACUAACCGAAGAAUGUAGUACCAUCAUUCAGCAUAAAUUACCCCAAAAGUUGAAGGAUCCUGUGAGCUUCCAAAUUCCUUGUAUCAUAGGGGAAAUCACAGUGGAAAAGGCUUUAUGUGAUUUAGGAGCUAGCAUAAAUCUGAUGUCCUUGGCAAUGAUGAGAAAAAUGAGGAUUGAGGAGGCCAAGCCAACAAUAAUGGCCCUGCAACUGGCAGACCGAUCAUUCAAGUUUCCUCACAGAAUAGUAGAAGACUUGUUGUUGAAGGUAAGAGACUUUAUCUUUCCAGCAUACUUUGUAGUGUUAGAUGUGGAGGAAGGAGCCAAGAACUCUAUCAUCUUAUGA